CCGCCAAAGUUCUUCCUUUAAUAAGAUGGCGCCGGAAAGCAAUGGCGGUGGCGCCAGGCAGCGCUCAAAAAAGGAUGCCGAUUCUGGCUUCCUGGGGCUGCGGCCCACUUCGGUGGAUCCGGCCCUGAGGCGGCGGCGGCGCGGCCCAAGAAAUAAGAAACGGGGCUGGCGGCGGCUCGCUGAGGAACCGCUAGGGCUGGAGGUUGACCAGUUCCUGGAGGACGUGAGGCUUCAGGAGCGCACGAUCGGUGGCUUGUUGUCAGAGGCCCCCGACGAAAAUCUCUUCUUUGUGGACACCGGCGUCAAGCAAAAAGAGCGGAGCAGGAAGAAGACCAAGGUCCAGAGGAAGUCGCUGCAGGUCCAGAAGCCCCUGCGGGUCGACCUCAUCCUUGAGAACACAUCCAAGAUCCCUGCCCCCAAAGACGUCCUCGCCCACCAGGUCCCAAACGCCAAGAAGCUCCGGCGGAAGGAGCAGCUACGGGAGCGGCUGGCGAAGCAGGGUGAACUCCCCCGGGAGGUGCGCAAGGCCCAGGCCAGGCUGCUCAAGCCUCCCACGCCCAAGGGCAAGCCCGGACCGCAGGAUGCCAUCGCGCGGCCCUUCUACGACCUGUGGGCCGCAGACAACCCUCUGGACAGAGCACUGCUCGGCCAGGAUGACUUCUUCCUUGAGCAGACCAAGAAGAAAGGCGUGCGGCGCCCACCGCGUCUCCACGUCAAGCCCUCCUCAGCGCCUGCCGUGGAGGUGACGCCCUCCGGAGCCUCCUACAACCCUACGUUUGAGGACCACCAGGCCCUGCUCUUGGCGGCCCAUGAGGUGGAGCUGCAGCGGCAGAAGGAGGCCGAGAAGCUGGAGCGCCAGCUGGCGCCGCCCCCCGCCGAGCAGGUGGCCACGCAGGAGACCGUGUUCCAGGAGAUGUGUGAGGGGCUGCUGGAGGAGUCGGACGGGGAGGGCGAGCCCGGCCAGGGUGCACCACUCGUGGCCAGCGAGGCUGAGGGAACCGAGUCCUCUCCCCAACUUGCCCGCCUGGCCACUGCCGUGGAGAAGAAGACGGAGCAGCGGCGGCGGCGGGAGAAGGCUGCCCGCGCCCUGAGGGCUCAGCAGGCCGUGCUGCGGGCCGCCCGGCUCCGGCACCAGGAGCUCUUCCGUUUGCGCGGGAUCAAGGCCCAGGUGGCCCAGCGGCUGGCGGAGCUGGCGCGGCGGCGAGAGAGGCGGCGGCUGAAGCGGCUGGCAGAGGACGACAAGCCGCGCAGGCUGGGGCGGCUCAAGUACCAGGCCCCCGACAUCGACGUGCAGCUCAGCUCGGAGCGGUCGGACUCGCUGAGGACCCUGAAGCCCGAGGGCAACAUCCUCCGAGACCGCUUCAAGAGCUUCCAGCGCCGGAACAUGAUCGAGCCCCGCGAGAGAGCCAAGUUCAAGCGCAAGUACAAGGUGAAGCUGGUGGAGAAACGGGCGUUCCGAGAGAUCCAGUUGUAGCAGCACGAUGUGACGCGGGAGCCCCGCCCCUCAAUAAAGCACCUUGGCUUCUUCC